AUGGAUGGCAUAUGGCAGAGAAGCUCGGGAUCUGAGCUGUCGUCCUCUUCCUCUGUCUUCUUUGUUUCUGCUAAUUGGGUAGAAUCUCAGGAUUUUCUGCUGGCGCGUUCGAUGCUGCUCCUCCCUGCAACCAGAGAUGAGAGACGAGAGAGCGAGAGAGAAGGACGUGGAGGCUUCGCCAUCGCCAAGAACUCUCUGGAUUCUUGGUUUAGAGUCAAAGACCGAAGUGAAGACGAAGAGGAAUGA